AAUGAAACUAUUCACUUGAUUGUUUUGAUUCUUUCAAGUCGAUCCAAUUUUAAUGCAAGAAAAGUGUUGAGGGAAUCAUGGGUUAAGAGUGUUGAUUAUCUUGGGGUGACAAUUAAAUCUUACUUUGUUCUUGGCAAUUCUGAUUGUCAGGUACCCAAAGAUUAUCUUGAAGACAAAUUUGGUUGCUCAUCUUUGGUCCAUAAUGAAACGGAAGAUUUAAAGACAAACAUUUCCAGUCAUCUUCAGGUAUCAAUCAAUUCACCUGAACGGCUCAUCAUUUUCAAUGGAUUCUCAUUCAAGGUUCAUCAUGAUCUCUUAUUGAAACGUAUCGGUUGCCUGGCCUCAUGUACCUGUGAUAAUAUAAUUCUGACCAAUGUGAUAACUCAGGAAAUUUUAUAUAAUCAAAGCUUUGGGUCAGUAAGUGGUCAGUUCCAUGGAUAUAAUUAUCAAGAUGCCUCGCCCAUUUUACUUCUUCCAAAAGGAUUCAUUGGAUUACUGAUUGCAACCGGAAAAGAUGAUUCCAAUUGUCAACCCAAACAAAUUAACUAUUGGAAUCAAUUUACAAAACUCACUCAAACACUUAGGGUUUAUAAUGAUCUUAAUGAUUUUGAGUCAAAAAAAUUCAACGGAAAUGAUCAAGUGAAAACAUCAUUUGUGGUUGAAUUAUCAGAUCAAGAUGAAUAUCGGAAAAUCAUUAGGGAUGCAAAAAAAGUCCAUACAAAUCACAUUAAUCAAUUAAAUCUGAUAGAAAGUAAAUUACAAGAUGAAAUCAAUCAAUUCAAUGAUAUAAUUUUGGUUGAUAAUGUUGAUAUUUAUCGUAAUUUACCAAGAAAAUUAGUCAAUGCUAUUAGUUGGAUAGUCUCAUCAUCAUCAUCAUCAUUACAAUUUGCUGAUUUCAUCUUGAAAACUGAUGAUGAUUGUUUCAUUGAUUUGGAAAAAGUAACUUCUAAGAUUAAAUUACUGACCAGUCGAGAAUCAAUUUGGUGGGGAAAUUUCAGGCGGAACAAUUUAAUCAAUAUCUAUGGUAAAUGGUCUGAAAAUGAUUUCCCUGGUUCUGUUUAUCCAUCAUUCGCUUGUGGUUCUGGUUAUGUAAUAUCAAUUGAUAUCGCCAAAUGGAUUAACAGUAAUAAAGAUUAUCUUCACUACUAUCAAGGCGAAGAUGUUUCCAUGGGAAUCUGGUUAUCGUCUAUCCUUCCAACCUAUUUCAUGGAUUCUGAUUGGGCAUGUGCUGAGGAUUCUCCUCGGGAUGGGCUACUCGCUUUAUGUCAACUUAAUUCGUCACAGUUAUUACAAUUUAACAAGAUAAAAUCAUCUGAGAAACAUCAACGCCUGUUAACUGUUUGAUUUAUUCACCAACAGUGUAUCUCAUUUAUCCAUGAUAAUCAUUGGCGCUUUUAUCCUGAUUUUCAUCUCUCAUUCUGGUUACAUCAACUUUUUGUUUUCUUCCAUAAAAAUUUUGUUUAUCCUUCUCAUCGCCAUCGUCAAUCUUGCCUGACCUCCCAUCACAGAGAUAAUCUCUAGUCCGACUUUCCAUUGUGUUAAUCAGUGUUAAUCAUCAAUAUCCAAUCGAAUAUUAUUUUUUUCUCUUCUCAAAGAUCGAUCGCUCUAUCUGAACAUUUUCUAUUCAUCUUUUGUAUCUCUCUCUUUUUCUUUCUCUCUCUCUCUCUUUUUCGAGCAUCGAAAUGUUCACAAUCGUCUUAAUUUUUUCGUUCUAAAUUGUAAAGAUAUUUAAAUCAUCUUGAAAAUCUAUUUUUUCUCUCCCCUUAUGAAUUAUUGAUUUUCCUACAAAGAAUAUGAUUAUUUUUGUAAACAUUUUUGAUAUUCUGCCAAUCAUGUUGUUAUCUAGCCCAAAGCAAUCAAGUUAAUUACUGUUGAAAAUGUACAAAUUCAAUCACACAAGUGAAACCUAAUCAAUUCCCAUUAAUUGUUCAAAACUUUGAAUACAAUUUGAAACAAUCAGAACUGAUUAUCAAAAAAAAAACUACUCAAUGUGAUAAAUUGAAGUUUGAAAAAAAUGCUCUUGCUCAAUAACCA